GGAUGGAACGACUCGCGAGAGACCUUUGAAAACAGUCUCUCGUCUGAAUUAGACCGAUUGGCAUCGCUGGACUACCUCGUUGUAGAAACUUCUUGAAGGAGCUUAGCAUCGACCCUUGCAGUACACCAAUCAUGAACGGAACCGCUAUUAACGGGGUGAACGGCACCAAUGGUUCGCCACCUAAUGAUAAGCCGACAUACAUGGGUCGUGGUCAGUACAUUCAAACUGGAAAGGAUUCGGCCAAAAAUACUUGGCUGAUCUUUACUCCAGACCAAGAAGAUGGAUCCGGAGUUUUGGCCGAUGUCUUGGACACGUUCAAGAGAAACAAGGUGAAUUUGCUUCAUAUCGAAUCACGCUCUUCCAAGCGUGAUGAGGAGACUUAUGAGUUCAUGGUGGAGUGCCAGAGCGACUCCGGAGACAUUCCAACAGCUUUGGACGAGAUCAAAUCCAAGGCUUCUUAUUUCAGCGUGGUUUCUCGGGACUACAAAAAUGACAAGAGGAAAGGCUUAGAUAGUAUCCCAUGGUUCCCUGGAACAGUGAAGGAUUUGGAUAAGUUUGCCAAUCAAAUCUUGUCCUAUGGCUCGGAACUCGAUUCUGAUCAUCCUGGAUUCACUGACCCGAUUUACAGGGCCCGUCGAAAGGAAUUCGCAGACAUUGCCUUCAAUUACAAGCAUGGCGAACCCAUCCCACGGGUGGAAUACACGGACGAGGAGACGGCUACUUGGGGAUCAGUGUACAGAAAUUUGAAGAAACUCUUCAAAACCCACGCUUGCCAAGAGUUCAAUCACAUUUUUCCGCUUCUGGAGCAAAACUGCGGUUACAAGGAGGAAAAUAUCCCGCAAUUGCAGGACAUCUCCGAGUUCUUGAAAAGUACAACUGGAUUUAGUUUGAGACCCGUGGCUGGACUACUAUCCUCGAGGGAUUUCCUGGCUGGUCUGGCCUUCAGAGUGUUCCAUUCUACUCAAUAUAUCCGCCACUCAUCUCGACCCAUGUACACACCAGAGCCUGAUGUGGUCCAUGAACUCAUUGGUCAUGUUCCACUCUUUGCCGAUCCCGCCUUUGCUGAGUUCUCUCAGGAAAUUGGAUUAGCCUCUCUUGGAGCCAGCGAUGACUACAUUGAAAAAUUGGCCACUUGCUACUGGUUUACUGUGGAGUUUGGUCUGUGCCGCCAGCAUGGUGAGCUCAAAGCUUACGGGGCUGGUCUCUUGUCUUCCUUUGGAGAGCUGGAAUAUUGUUUGUCGGACAAGCCCGAGGUUCGAACCUUUGACCCUGAGAAGACUGGAAUCCAAAAGUACCCCAUCACCGAGUUCCAACCCGUCUACUACGUGACCGAGAGCUUCGAAAGUGCUCAAAUGAAAAUGUCCCAAUUCGCUGCGUCUAUUCCGCGAAACUUCACCGCUCGAUAUGAUCCGUAUACUCAGAGUAUUGAAUUGCUGGACAGCAAGAACCAGAUCCUGAAGAAUAUGCGGCAUUUGAAUCGGGAGCUCCGAACUCUCACCGAUGCCAUGGAAGCACUCUAACUGAUACAUCUACUUUGCGUUUCACUUUGGGUCGAGUAGGUUGGUGUUAAGCACUGUUUUGUAAAGAUUCAAUGAUCAAAUUAAGAAUAGAAAAUAGAGGCAAUUGACAGCCGA